AUGGUUGAUUGGAUUAUGACAUGUGUUUCCACCGUUUCCUUUUCUCUGAGCGUCAAUGGGAAUCUUUGUGGUUAUUUCAAAGGUAGAAGAGGUCUUAGACAGGGAGAUCCCAUAUCCCCUUAUUUGUUCACGUUAGUAAUGGAAGUUCUUUCGCUGCUGUUACAUAAAGCUGCUGAUCAACAUCCUGCUUUCAGAUAUCAUGAUAAGUGCAAGCAGCAGAAGAUUAUCAACGUGUCUUUUGCUAAUGAUCUAUUCCUUUUUGUUAAUCCUGACAUGGUCUCUGUUAAAGUGAUGCGAGACACUUUGGAGUUGUUCACUAGAUUAUCGGGUUUAACCCCGAAUCUAGUUAAAAGCACGAUGUUUUUUGUAACGUCUCUUCUGUGGUAA